AGCGCGGAGCACGCCGGGAAGGCUGGAGGACUGCUCCGCGUGGGAAGCGUCUCCUAUGCCUCCCCUCGCCCCCCCUCCGCCCCGCGCGCGCGCCUCCUGCGAGGGGCGGGGGCCAACGGCCGGAGCCCAACGGCCGCGCUCCGGGCGGCGGCGGCGGCGCGGCGUGCCCGUUCCCGACACCGGCGCCCGCUGCCCGCUGCGGCGUUAGCCGCCCGGCGGCCGUCCCACUCUCUGUCUCCGGGCUGCGCUCGGCCGCCGGUGCGGGCGCCCGGCUGCGAGCGCGUCUGUGCUUCGGGUAGCCGCGGCCCGGCAGCCGCGGUGCAGCGGCCUCUCCCACGAUACCUUCCCGGUCGCAUUUUCUUUGCCAGUGCCGUAAGAUCUGUGGCCGGACAUCACCAGUUUCCUAUUUUUACUCCCCACGCAUAAGCAAAGCUACAGCAAGCACUUCCUUACUUCAGGGGAAGGUUGCGAGGAGGCAGCUUCCAUUGCACCAUUUUCUUAGCAAAAGAAGUUACGAUCUUCAGGCAAAAGCUUCUUUCAGGAGAGUAAUGGAUCCAAUGCUCACAGCUGCAGCAGUGGAGGCAGGACCUGUGUAUUUCUUUGACCAGAUGAAAACUAGAGUGAAAGAGAGAGACAAGAAGAUACCAGAAGAACUGUCCUCCUAUUUCAGUUUCCUCCCUACAGAUCUUCACCCCAUAAGUUUUACUCCCAGAUUUUUUUCUCCUCAGCCUGAUUAAAGGCAAGAAUCCCAGCUGUACAGGGGAGCAUACAGAAAGGCAUGAAGAUGGUUUCUUAAAUGAUGAUCCAUCAAGAAAAGAAGAAUAUCCAGUUUUGCAUCAGAUAUCUUGUCAUUCCCUGUGUAAAACCACCACUGAAGACGCAAACCCAAAGGUCUCCCAAAUACCUUCAAUCCAACAGGCAGAGGAAGACUCACCACUGAACAUGUUAAGUAACUGUGUGACUGCCAACAUGUUACAGGAACUGGAAGAGAAGUUGCAGUUCUUCACUAGUUAUGAGACUGGUUUCCCUCAGGGACUUGUGAAUAUGCUGACCUGUAAUGGGAGAGAAUUCACUGAGGGGACUGAUUAUAAUAAAUGGUGCCAGAAGUCACUAGCAUGCAAAAGUAUGAGAUCCAGGAGAAGCCAGGCCUUGGAGGAAGCUAAGAAUGAUGUUCCCGGGUCCAAAUGUAUGCAGCAUGAACUCCUGGCCAUCAGAAAAGACCAAUACAAGAGGAGCUUUGCUCUGUCAGCCUGCACUGCAGAGGAAAAAAGAAAUGCUGAGGCAGCAUCAAACGCGCCUCUAGGAAAUAAAGCUCCUGUUGUGCAAAACCAUGCCAGCCAGUCACCUGUCACAAUCAGCUUCUCACUGUCAUCCAGAAUUUGUGAGGAAAGAGGUUGGAUUUGCCAGCCUUCUGACUCAAGUUCUGAAGAUCCUCAGAAGCUGCCUUAUGUGUGGGCCCUGAAGAGACUACAACAAAUUCAAAAACAAAUAAAAGAGCAAGCAUCCAAGCAGAAGGAAGCAGGGUUUGAUAAACCAAUUAUUUUCCGGCAUUAUGGUGAUCACAGAGAAGAAACUUUGCCGAAGACAUGGAAGGGUCAGACUGGCAUGACUGUCACACCAGAGCUGCUGUAUGGCAAACCUCAGACCCCUGUGGCCAAGAAAACAGACUCAGCACAGAGAAAACUGCAUUAUGAGCUGAAUGAUGGCUCAUCUUUGAUUUAAUA